AUGACAAUUCCAAUUUCGGAGCAUCCCCCACAAGGUGUUGGCAUUCACCCUCCUAACAAUCCAUACUCAUUGUUCGAAAUUCCUGAGGAAGGAAUAAAACUUCUACCUGAAGAAACAAGAAACCAAGAUCCUCUUGUUCUCUUCUCGGCUCAGCUUCAAAACCGUCUCUAUGUCACACCUGCCACUUCAUUCGAUACAAAUAUGCCUGAAACUGUCAACAAAGAUUACACCACUCGUUCGAUGCAGUGGCAGAUGUAUGUUGACCAAAAAGGAUGGAAAUUGUUGGAAAAAUCGGUUCAAAUAACUGGAAAAAUGGUGGCAAGCAGUAUAAUACAGGAGUACAAUGUGCUAGCUCGUUUGGGACGAGAGGAAAGAUGCAUGUUUGCCCUCGAGAGCAUUGCUUUGCACGUCAGAGAACUUAUAAGUUUGGAAACGUUCUUCUCCAGUCUUCUCGAAUAA